GCAGACACGAUGUUUCUAAAAUACUGCAUACCACUGGCCAUCUUUCUCGGGUAUGGGCUUUCUAAGGGCGUGAUAGAUCUUUCACGGCAAUUGAAUGGCACUGUCACUGGUAACCAGACCCUUACGCGUGCAGAUGGUCCAUACUUGGUCACCAGUGACCUUGUUGUCUCAGAAAAUGCUAAUCUCACCAUAGAGCCUGGUGCAAUUCUAAAUUUUGUUCCAUCUGUGGGGAUUCGUGUUCGUGGAUCGUUUCAUGCAAAAGGGACACCGUCGCAGAGAAUUACUUUCCGAGCGGUUUCCUGUGGAGAAACAAAUUUUUGCAAUAAAACAGACGGGGCUUUAUUCUACAGUCACGGGAUAAGACUUGUAGGUGGAUCAUCCUACAACAACGGGCGCCUUCAGUUGCAGUAUAAUGAAAGGUGGGGGACUGUCUGCAACGACUGGGGGUCUUGGGAUCUCAGGGAUACGCACGUGGCCUGCAGAUAUCUUGGAUUCCUUGGGGGAAAGCGGUAUUACCAAGAUCCCGGUAGCGGCCCCGUGAUGAUGAAGACAGUUGGCUGUAAAGGAACUGAAAAGAGUCUAUGGGAUUGUUCUUACAGAUGGAUUAUGAAUAAUCCAUAUUCAUGUUCUCACAGUUCGGACGUUGGUAUCGAGUGUGACACUCUCUUGCCAUAUUUGGCCGAGAUUUUUUACUGGAAAGGUAUUCACUUCGAACCGACGAAUUCCUCUGAGAAAAAAGGAAGCUCUUCGCUGGAGCACGUGGACAUUGAAAAUGCUCUCGAGGGCGUAAAUGCCGUGAAAAACGCUCCAGAUUUCCUUCAUGUUACAAUCAACGAUAGCGCCUCCGGCUUAAAUAUAAAAGAACUUGCGAAACCCUUGGCUGUAUUCGAUUCUUCAAUCCUGGGGCCUGUGGUGGUUGGUGUGAAUAUCGAGAGCUCCUGCGGUAAUGUUGUUAUUGAAAACGUCACAGUUCAGAAUGCACGAUUUGGAGGAGGUCUUAUCUAUAAGCGCCUGGCAGUGAGUUUCUGUUCUGUCAUUCCAGGGGAAGCUUCUUUUCCUUUGCUCCUAAAUGCCGCUGGAAAUCAUCAUCCGGUUAAUUGUAGAAAGAUUUUCAGAGCUUCACCAGGAAGAAAGAUCUCUGUGUAUUUGAGAACAAUUAAUGGGAGUGGAUUUGAGUUCAAUUUUACCGAUGCAAGCACGGCUACCCAACUGCACAGAAUUACAAGUGACUACAAUGGAAGGACAUUUAAGACUGGUUUUACUUUUAUAUUGGAACUUUCCUUCUACUCAAAAGGAAGUUCUAACUUGGAAAUGGUCGUUAUGGAAGAUCAAGGCGAGACUUCAUCACUUGUGAUAUCUAACAGUACCUUUUCUAACAAUUCUAAGUCUGGUAUUACCAUUGACAACUUGAUUGGUAAUUCUCGAAUCUCCCGUACAACGGUGAUAGGGAACAACUACUAUGGACUCUAUGCCAGCAACACACAAGGAAAAAUCUCUGUUUUAACAUCUAUGUUUCGGCAUAACAAGUAUAACGGUGUUAACAUAACCAAGAUAACAGGUACUGUAGAAUUAACUAACAUCAAUUCCUCGAAAAACCAAGCGUCAGGAAUCGUAGUCGAUAGUGGAACUCUUUCAUUCCAAAUGUACGACAGCCUUGUUGAAGAAAAUGGCGGUCAAGGAUUGCACAUCUUAAACCAGGUCAACUCCACAAUCAAGAUUUACAACUCGCAAUUUGUUCGUAACAGUAACGGUGAAGGAGUUUACUUACAGGCAUUUCGCUACUGCUAUGUUCGACUAGUGGAAGUACUUUCUCUGGGAAAUUCGAAAAAUGGGGCUCUGUUUACAAGAAUAUCCGAUACCAGAUUAAAUUUAAGCUCUUGUAAAUUUGAUGGAAACUCAAAUCAAGGAGUUUACGCUGACUACUUUUUUAGAGGAGGACUAAACUUGGAGACAAUUUCUACCUCAAACAAUGGCAGAUCUGGUUAUGCUUUCGAAUUUGGGAAUACCAGCAUAAACAUAAAGUCUUCGUCUUCUUUUGGUAACGGCAUGGAUGGUUUUUACGUAGAAAAUCAAGGAGGAGAAAUUGCCUUAAAGGAUUUUGUUGCUGGUGGCAACAAACGAAACGGAUUGUGGUUUCUAGAUACCAAGUCAGCGCAUCUUCGAUCAGUUUAUCUUCUAAACUGCAAUGUUUCAGGGAACAGUCAAUACGGUGUGCUGUUUUAUCUUACUUAUAGAAUUGAUCAACGCCCGGAGAACUAUGUCAUUACGGUUGCAAACUCCACAAUUUUCAACAAUUCUCUUGGUGGUUGUAAGAUCUAUCCUUCAAAUUGCGGUUGGGGAAACGAUCGGUGGCAGAGAAGCGUUCAACUUUUAUUUACUGGUAAUAAAGUAAAGGGAAACAAAAAAAAUGGUUUGGAUAUUUAUGGCCCAGAAUGGUACGUGUUAUCUGCUGUCUUGGCUAAUAACAUAUAUUACGAGAACAGCGGACUUGCUCUGAUCGUAAGACAUGGGCGAAGGUGUUCCUAUGAGAAUUCCUCACCCUUCAGUCUGCAGGUUUCAUCGAAUAUCUUUUUUAAGAAUAAAGGGGAGAACAUACUUUUUGUUGAUUGCGCAACUUUACUCACAAAAUGUCGUGUCACCAUCAGAAACAACACGUUCUUAGACAAUCAAAGAAUCCGGAUUUUUUCCAGCAAUCACCUUCGUGUUAAAACGCAGGCAGUCUUAGCUGUAAAUGGAGGCAACGUUACCAUAAAGUUUAAUUCGUUUAUCAAUCCUUUGUUCUCUCACGAAUUAGCAACUCUGCUGAAAGACCGCGAACACGUUCUUCUCGCGGAAGAAAACUGGUGGGGAACAAGAGAUGAAUGCAAAAUAAAAGACCGAGUGUUUGACUUUGAAGAUCGAGUGGAACUUGCACAGAUCCAAUAUUAUCCAUUUUUGGAUUCCUACAAUUCUACCGGCUCUAAAUUAUACGAUAGUGUCAGACCUUUCUGUUUUCUUCGAGGUAACAAGUUAGGAGGAACAUUAAAUCAAGUCCUCAAUAUUACAAACCAAAUUUAUACCUACCAAGUUGUCAGUGAUGUCACAAUAUUGCUUGACGGCGUUUUGUUUCUCGAAGGAAACAUCACUUUAGAAUUUCCAUUGAAGAGCGUUUUCCUAGUACAAGGAAAGGUUAUUAUAAAAGGUAAUGAAAAAGAACGGGUGAAGUUCCUUCCAAGGAGACCAUUGCAACAGGACAUUAGACUCGUCGGAGGUCCUGCUCCGUGGGAAGGUGUAGUUGAAAUAUGGAUCAACAGCAGGUGGAUGCCAGUUUGUAUGCGUACCUAUGGAUACGAGCACGACAUAGUAUGCAGACAAUUGGGGUACGAACCGGUGAGCUCUUAUUACCAUGACCCAAGAGGAAAAGAGAAAAUAUUCUUACAUAAUGUCAGAUGCGAUACAGAUCAAGGAGACAGCAUCACCAUUUGUAACAAAAGGAACUGGAUUUCAUCAUCGUCAUGCACAACAAAUGUUUUGUAUGUCGGUUGUAAAAUUCCUUACUGGGCUGGCGUUCAUCUUGCUGUGACUUCAAAGGAAAGCGUCUUCAGCAAUGUUGAGGUGCGAUAUGCAGGAUUUCCAUAUAGAGACGACCUGACUAUUCCCGGAAUCGCCUUCAGAGUGGACCUCCCACGUCACGUGAUCAGCGGUGUCUUUGUGAGUAAUUCUGCUGCCAUUGGUUUCCAGUUUAUGUAUCCAGACCCCUUAAAAGAUUCAAAUGAAAUCGAGAAUUCAACAAUAGCUGAAACCGAGUCGGAUGGAGUACGUUUGGAGUCUCCGUUUAUUGAGUUCCUAGGUACAAAUGUUGUAAACACAAAAGGCUACGGAUUUUCGUAUCGUUACAACUGGAAUGCUCUCAACACACACGUGGUAAAAAUGGCAGAUGCGACUGUGAAGAAGUUUUUGGACAUAUGUACUGAAAGCGAAACAUUUAUUAGUGACUCUAGUGCGGUGUAUUACCUAGUUGUGACAUUACGGAGCAGAGCAGCCUGCAAGGCCAUAAUUACCGUUCCACCGGAAUAUACGAUAGGAUUGCAGCUAAUAUAUCACAAUGUAGAUAACAUAGUUUUCCACGUGUACAAUGGAACAAACAAGACAAAGGGCACUCUCUGGGAUAUCCAUAUGUUAAAUUGGUACAGCCGUCCUGCUUGGAUGACUGGCAAUAGCUCAAUCCUACUGGAGAAAGGGUAUGGAUACCCGGAUGAAGACGACACGGUGCAUUUUCUACUGUUUCUCAUCAAAAGUGGUGGAAAGACGAAGAUCAGAUCACCAAACCUUGUAAUAUCCAAAAGCAAUUUCAGCCACAACAGUGAAGGUGGAAUUUUCUUGGGUGGAGAUAACGCAGGAAUAGUUGAAAUCCAAAAAACGGACGUACGAGACUCACCCAAGAAUGGCUUAUCGACAGCAUUUUCCCACGUUAACAGCUUGAAGCUGCUGAAUUGCCAGUUCGUUAGAAACAAGAUUGGAAUCAAGCUCUCUUCAUUUUCAGGUGACGUGAAUAUCGAGAACACCAAGGCUUCUAACUCGACCGAAAAUGGACUAUAUGUGGACACGAACGGUGAAAAAACAAUCCAUUUUGAAAAUGGUGGUGUUUCCCAUAGCAAUGGAUAUGGGUUUUUCCUGAAUGGUAGAUAUACUAAAGUGAAACUUUCUGCAACCAGGAUAUUUUUUGGAUGGAAUAAGGCAUCUUCUGUUUAUUCCCGAAGUAGUUAUGGUUGCAGUUCGCCUUGUUCAUCCUAUACCUCCUUUACAAACUGUACAUUUUAUGCCAACCGAGGCCCUGUAAUAGACAUUAAUGAGUCUCCACACUCUAAUCCAUGGCAAUUUGACGGUAACCUUUUCCUGAAUAACACUCAAGGUCCUGUCAUUUUGACUACGCGUUAUACGAAUGGAUACUUCACUCCUGAAUUAUUUGUGAGAAAUAAUAGUUUCUUGUUCAACUUUUGCCAAGAUAACAGCGUCAUAGACAUCAUAGGAGGCACAAAAAUUUUGGUCGUAGAAGGAAACAUCUUUAAACAAAAUUAUGGGAGAUCUGUUUAUAUAGAAAGAACCUCACCUUCAGGUGCAACUAUAAGAGGUAACGUCUUCACAAACAACAGUUGCCUGAAUAGUGGAGUCAUUGAGAUUCAAAGGAUAAGUAAAGACAUUGCAAUUGUCGACAACAUCCUUAAAUCGAAUAAAGGGCAGUUUAUGGUUCUUCUCCAGUGCGAAUACGUUGUAGGAGUGAACACUGGCAUGAAGAAUGUAACGUUUUUGAACAAUUCGCUCCUGAACAACGUGGCUGUAUCAUCAAGUUCCCCAUCCUGUCAGUUAAAAGUCUCUGGAUUUACGGAAUGGAGAACGGUUUUCAUCAAUUUCAACAGAUUUAGCAGCCAAGACUUCUCAAAAGAACUUUGUGUAAGCACCCAUGCUUCCUCGCAUGGCAGCACAGUGCAGGCUUCACUCAAUGUCUGGGGUUAUGAUGACGAGGAAGAAAUCAAGGAGAGAAUCUAUGAUGCUGAAGACAACUACGAACAGACAUUCGUUGUUUUUCGUCCCUACAUCAGUAAUGCAGGGAACAGAAUAAAGGGUUCGCAAGAAAAUACCACCUUUAACGCACUCUCGAAAAGCUUUCUGGGAGGAAGGAUAUUAUCCAACGUUCUUCUAAGAAAAGAGAAAAGUCCCUAUACAGUUGUGUCCGAUGUCACUAUUCUGCCUGAAGCUUCACUUUCAAUUGAUCCUGGUGUUGUGGUGCAUUUUAUGCCAGGGGUCGGCAUGUUGGUUCUUGGUUCACUAUUUGUGGGCGGAAAUGUAGAUCAACCUGUCAAAUUUUCUAUUUCAAAAAGGACAAAAGAUAGUGAUUCUCUUAAAAUUCGAUUAGCUGGAGGUAAGUUCCCUUGGGAAGGACGUGUAGAGAUACUACACAACUGCAAUUGGACCUCACUGUGUUUCAACGAGACGCAGGGCAAUAAAACUAAUGACGUAAAACUGAUAUGUGGACACCUGGGCUAUCAAGCACCAUUGUCCAUCAAUCAUUCCCAUCACGAAUCUUCCGGCCUUUGGAAUGCUUGUGCCGCUCUUCAGUGUAAAGGAAGUGAGUUAGAUUUAGCGGAAUGCUCUAUAUCUUUCCAAAGCCUUAGCUGCAACACGUCGUGUCAACUUGUGUUGAACUGUGGCGAAGGAAGGCCUUGGGGAAAUAUAAGAUUUCUUCGCGAAGCUAGGAACACUUCAAACCUAUCAACAUCAAGUUUAAAAAACCUAAGAAUUGAGCACUGUGGCGACAAACAUGGCCAAAACGUUGCUGCCAUUGAAAUGAUUCAGUACGUUCCAGAAGUAAAUCAUGUGACCGUUCUUAACUGCACAUCAGGUGGUAUCAAGGUUUUGUUCCCAGAAAAAGAGGUGAUUAUAAUGAACAGUUCCUUCGUUAAUACUGGAGGGAAUGGAACUGAUUUUAUCAGCACGAAAAACAAUGUUACACUUAAAAACGUCAAAUCGAUAAAAAACGAGUUUGGACUGAGUUUUCAUGAAGCUUACGGUGAUUGGUUUAAUACUAUUUCAUACGGGAAAGUUAAUCUGUGCUCCCCACAAAAAGUGGUGAAUGUCAUGGAUCACGAUGUAUUCGUUUACUUUGGGGCACCAUUCGUGUCUUUCUCAGAUCUAGAGGUAUCCUGCCAAAUAAAAGUUCAAACAGAGGCAAGCACUGGUUUUGCCAUCCAGCUACUAGUCCUAAAAAAUAUAAGAUCUUUUCGGAUAGAAUUGCCUGAUAGACGUGAUAUCUUCAGGACUUAUGGUAGCAGCCAAGGUCUACUCUCAAAAAGAAACUUGAUCAGCUGGGAUUCUUUUAGAGUCCACUUUGAUGGCCGGUACAGUAGCGAAAUGCUUUUGCAAGUUGAACGUGUUGAUAUCAAAG